AUAGCGAAGAUAAAAAUAAUCCUGAAAGCCUCCACGACGAUCCAACUUCACCCACGCUUAUGGCAUUUGACUAUGUUGACAAGUAUGGCGCCAAAAAUUUAGGGGUCUUAAAUUUGUCGACGAGAGCACCAAAUAACUGGGGUUUACAUGGUAACGGUGUUGGGGAUGACGGAAAUAGAGUGGCGCCUUCAUGGGUAAAAAGGAGAAGGCGACGACCUAGUUUUGAAGAAACGGAGGAGUGGAAAAGGGCACUUUUGGAUGACAUGGAUGUUGACACCCCUCCUAAUGUGCCUGAGGAGAAUGAAAUAAUUCGUGAUGAUAACAUUAAAAGUAUAGAUAUCAGCGAUAUGAAAUCAAUAGGCGCAUCACAUGCGCAGGAGAAAGCAAAGACGUGUGUUCCG